CGGCGCCCAUGGGGGCUCCGCCACCGUCUCCUGGCCUCCCCCCGUCGUGGGCCGCGAUGAUGGCGGCCCUGUAUCCGAGCACGGACCUCUCGGGCGUCUCCUCCUCCUCCCUGCCUUCCUCUCCGUCCUCCUCGUCGCCCAACGAAGUGAUGGCGCUGAAGGAUGUGCGGGAGGUGAAGGAGGAGAACACCCUGAAUGAGAAGCUUUUCUUGCUGGCGUGCGACAAGGGUGACUAUUAUAUGGUUAAAAAGAUUUUGGAGGAGAACAGUUCAGGUGACUUGAACAUAAAUUGCGUAGAUGUGCUGGGGAGAAAUGCUGUUACCAUAACUAUUGAAAACGAAAGCUUGGAUAUACUGCAGCUGCUUUUGGACUACGGUUGUCAGUCCGCAGAUGCACUUUUGGUGGCAAUCGACUCUGAAGUAGUGGGAGCUGUUGAUAUACUACUUAACCAUCGACCAAAACGAUCAUCAAGACCAACUAUAGUAAAACUUAUGGAACGAAUUCAGAAUCCUGAAUAUUCAACAACGAUGGAUGUGGCACCUGUUAUUUUAGCUGCUCAUCGGAACAACUAUGAGAUUCUUACAAUGCUUUUAAAGCAGGAUGUGUCUUUGCCCAAGCCCCAUGCAGUUGGUUGUGAAUGCACGCUGUGUUCUGCAAAAAACAAAAAGGACAGCCUCAGACAUUCCAGGUUUCGUCUUGAUAUCUAUAGAUGUCUGGCCAGUCCAGCUCUAAUAAUGUUAACAGAGGAGGAUCCAAUUCUGAGAGCAUUUGAACUUAGUGCUGACUUAAAGGAGCUUAGCCUCGUGGAGGUGGAGUUCAGAAAUGAUUAUGAAGAGCUAGCCCGUCAGUGCAAAAUGUUCGCUAAAGAUCUGCUUGCACAAGCCCGGAAUUCUCGUGAACUGGAAGUCAUCCUAAACCAUACAUCUAGUGAUGAGCCUCUUGACAAACGGGGGCUACUAGAAGAAAGAAUGAAUUUAAGUCGUCUAAAACUUGCUAUCAAAUAUAACCAAAAGGAGUUUGUCUCCCAGUCAAAUUGCCAGCAGUUCCUGAACACCGUUUGGUUUGGACAGAUGUCAGGGUACCGCCGUAAGCCCACCGGUAAGAAGAUAAUGACCGUCUUGACGGUUGGCAUCUUCUGGCCAGUUCUGUCACUGUGUUAUUUGAUAGCUCCCAAGUCUCAGUUUGGCAGAAUCAUUCACACACCUUUCAUGAAAUUUAUUAUUCAUGGAGCAUCGUAUUUCACAUUCUUGCUGUUAUUAAAUCUCUACUCACUUGUCUACAAUGAAGACAAGAAGAAUACAAUGGGACCAGCCCUUGAGAGGAUAGACUACCUUCUCAUACUGUGGAUUAUUGGGAUGAUUUGGUCCGAUAUUAAGAGACUCUGGUAUGAAGGGUUGGAAGACUUUUUAGAAGAAUCUCGUAACCAGCUCAGCUUUGUCAUGAAUUCCCUCUACUUGGCGACCUUUGCCCUCAAAGUGGUGGCUCACAGUAAGUUUCAUGACUUCGCUGACCGGAAGGACUGGGAUGCAUUCCACCCCACACUUGUAGCAGAAGGGCUUUUUGCUUUUGCAAACGUUCUGAGUUACCUUCGGCUCUUUUUUAUGUAUACAACCAGCUCUAUUUUGGGUCCAUUGCAGAUUUCGAUGGGACAGAUGUUACAAGAUUUUGGGAAGUUUCUGGGGAUGUUCCUUCUUGUUCUGUUUUCCUUCACAAUUGGACUGACACAACUCUAUGACAAAGGCUACACCCCCAAAGAGCAGAAGGACUGUGUUGGCAUCUUCUGUGAGCAGCAGAGCAACGACACCUUCCACUCGUUCAUUGGCACCUGCUUUGCUUUGUUCUGGUACAUCUUCUCCUUAGCACACGUGGCCAUCUUUGUCACAAGGUUCAGCUACGGGGAAGAACUGCAGUCCUUCGUUGGAGCCGUGAUUGUUGGAACUUACAAUGUUGUGGUUGUGAUUGUGCUUACGAAGCUGCUGGUAGCGAUGCUUCACAAAAGCUUUCAGCUGAUAGCGAAUCAUGAGGAUAAGGAAUGGAAGUUUGCGCGAGCAAAGCUAUGGCUUAGCUACUUUGAUGACAAGUGCACACUGCCCCCACCUUUCAACAUCAUUCCUUCGCCAAAGACGAUCUGCUAUAUGAUCAGUAGCCUCAGCAAGUGGAUUUGCUCGCAUACCUCGAAAGGCAAGGUCAAACGGCAAAACAGUUUAAAGGAGUGGAGAAACUUGAAGCAAAAGAGAGAUGAGAACUACCAGAAAGUGAUGUGCUGCCUGGUGCAUCGUUACCUGACGUCCAUGCGACAGAAGAUGCAGAGCACGGACCAGGCCACCGUGGAGAACCUUAAUGAACUGCGCCAAGAUCUGUCAAAAUUCCGGAAUGAAAUAAGGGAUUUGCUUGGCUUUCGGACUUCUAAAUAUGCUAUGUUUUAUCCAAGAAAUUAAUCAUUUUCUAAAUCUUAUAGAAAUAAUUUUCCACAACAAAUAUGAAAGACUGUAUUUGCAUAACCUUGUAAUUAAAUCAGUAAGAUAUAUAUAGAGAGAGAGACAUAAACAAUUACACAAAAGCCAUUCUUUAAAUAUUUGUAGCAUAAAUAUAUGUCAUGUAAAAUAUGUAUAUGGAGUUAGUUUUUUAAAACCUGUCUGUGGCUUUUUGUAGAAGCAAAACAUUAAGUAAACUAUUUUGUUAGCAUGCUGUUUGGUUUUCUUAGUUAGUCAGUGCUUAAAAGUCAUAAUGUCUCAGAAGGACAGCUCUCGGUGUGUACACUGCCCGCUCCAUUGUACACAGUGAAGGGCAGCAGACACAGCUACCCUCAGAGACACUUGAAAUGCAGAGCUCAUGGUGUUUAAAUCUCUUGUUUUAGGAGGUCACACAGAGUUCAGUAUUCGUUGUUUAGAAAUGUAGUUUCAUCUAAAAUGCCCUAUUUUUUUUCUUUUGUUAUAAUCUUAGAAAACAAAAGUUUCUAAUGAAUAAAUUUAAGCCGGGCAUAUGGUGGUACAGGCCUUUAGUCCUAGCACUCGGGAGGCAGAGGCAGGUGGGUCUCUGAGUUCAUGGUCAGCCUGGUCUACAGAGUGAGUUCUAGACAGCCAGGGCUACACGGAGAAAUUCAGUCUCAGAAAAAAAAAUUAAUUUAUUUAGGUCUAUCAAUCUUAAUUCACCUUAGUAUUUGUUGUAUAAUAUAUUUACUUUUACAUGGUUGUAAUUAUUUUAUAUUUUUAAUUUUGUCUUCUGACUUAACUUAUUUUAUAUAUAGCUCUCUGUAUUAGUUCAUAUGUUUAAAUAUUUAUAGAAUUAUGUGAUUUUUGAAACAUAGUAGACAUCUUUAGCCAUAGAAUAUUUAUUUAUAUUUAUGCAUUUGUAAAGUUACUUUCCUGGGCAUUUGGUUAGUUUUUCCUUGUAAUUUUUCAAGUUGAGUAAAGCUCACCGUUCCAGAGCAGAAGCCAGUUGUCUUCACGUGCGGUCACACUGGGCUCGGCUGGAGAGCACUGGGGCCUCGAAGAAAGCUGCUUUACAUUCACUUGAAGGCUCUUGGCCUCCUCCUCCCAAGCGUUUUCCACCAAACCUAGCAUCGCUUCUGGAAAAGGGACCUUGUCCUCGCUGCUUGAGAUGUAAAGCAUUGUUUUUGCAAUUGGAGAAUAAAAAGGUUUGAUCUCUUCUCAGUGUUCAUGUAAGGCUGUAGCCCAGGUUUCCCCUGCUACUGCGUGGACAUUCUUGUAGCAUGUCUGGUGGGAAUUACUUUCCUAGUUGGAUGUCGGCUGGCCUUGGUCUGUUGACACCACCUACCCAAGGCGCCCGAGGAGUCCAGUGUUAUGUUUCAUCUUGCCUUUUACGUUUGUUUUUAAUGUCCAUGUUUAAGUGUUCCCUCUUUGGGGCAAAUUCUUAUAAAAAUGUUUAUUGUAAAGUUAUAUAUUUUGUCUACAAUGGGAUUAUGCACUUCCCAAUUGGGAUUUUACAUCAGGAUUUUUAGUCAUUCUAAAAAAAAUGCCUAAUUAUUAAAAAAAUUGUAGAGUGCCUAUUGUGUGCAUGAAUUACUGAUGAGGUCUAUUUUGAAUGAGGUAUAUAUUGUCAGAGAAAAGGUAAAUAAAAUUUGACUUAGAUUACAAAUUGA